AUGCAACGUGACUUUCUGCUUGAAGGUGGGUUUGGCUAUAUCCAGGGCGGCUCCCUUGAAGCUGUGCAAGCCUCAGUUGCUCCCACCAAGAAGUUGCUCAGCAUCUUCCGAAGUGCUGGCCUAGCCGUCUUCCACACCCGGGAGGGCCACAAGCCCGACCUCUCAGACUGCCCGUCCUCCAAAUUAAAUCGCCAAGCUGAUGCCCCGGACAAUGUCCAGCACAACAAAGUCAUUGGCGAUAUGGGGGAAAUGGGUCGCCUACUUAUACGAGGCGAGUAUGGGCAUGAUAUCGUUGACGACUUGAAACCUUUUCCCAAUGAAGUAGUCAUCGACAAGCCAGGAAAAGGAGCCUUCUGGAAUACAACAUUACUUGCAAGACUGAAGGCGAGAGGAGUCUCACACCUCUUCGUAAGCGGCGUGACUACCGAGUGCUGCUUUGCCACCACCAUCAGGGAGGCAAAUGAUAGAGGAUUUGAGUGCUGUGGUAUCGAAGAGGCUACCGCUGGCUACAAUACUAAAUUCAAAGGUUGCUCGCUUGACAUGAUACAUUGGUCACAAGGCCUUUUCGGUUUCGUCGGCAAUUUGGAACCGCUUCUGAAAUGCCUCGCACCAUAUGUCCCAGCCCCAAUCCACAGUUGCGGCACGACACCCCCACAGACACCUCCAGCCUUUGACGGUGAUCUUAGCGUUGCUGGUCUGCAAAAGUCAUACCGCAGAGGCUUAUCCCCAGUUACCGUAAUGGAGGCGGUCAUAGAGAAGAUCGAGAAAUACUCGAAGAUUGAUCCAGCGGUUUGGAUUCACCAAGAAACCAAGUCCGCGGUUUUAGACCGAGCAAGUCAGCUGCAAAAUGCCUGGUCAACGACCACCGGCCGACCACCACUCUUUGGUGUGCCUUUCAGUGUAAAGGAUAGCAUCGAUAUCGCUGGUAUACCGACUACAACAGCGUGUCCGCCUUUAGCACAUGUACCCUCCCAAAGCGCUCGAUCAUAUGAUAUAUUGCUUUCGCAAGGUGCCAUAUUUGUGGGCAAAACGAAUCUGGACCAGUUGGCCACGGGACUCACCGGGUGUCGUUCACCAUUCGGAAUCACGAAAUCUGUUUUCAACCCGGACUAUAUUUCAGGCGGAUCAUCUAGCGGAAAUUGUGUCAGCGUAGGUGCCGGCUUAGUUUCAUUCUCCCUAGCCACAGAUACUGCAGGUUCAGGACGCGUCCCAUCGGGUUUCAAUGGUGUAGUAGGCUACAAGCCAACCAGAGGAAUAAUUAGUGCUCAAGGGGUGACUCCAGCCUGCUUGUCUCUCGACUGUAUAGCUAUCAUCGCCCAAAGCGUAGAUGACGCACGUAUGAUUUGGGACUCGAGCGUUGAGUACGAUCCAACAGAUCGCUACUCCAAAGCAUGUGCUCCCCUGCCGAGACACGUCAACUCCAUUGGUCCUCAGGCUACAUCAUUCUCAUUUGGCAUUCCGCCGCCAGAAUCUCUCCUCAUCUGUAGCCCUGUCUAUCGUCGCAAAUUUAACGAGAUCGUGAAACUUCUCCAACAGCUUGGGGGUCAUCUGAAACCCAUCGACUGGUCACCUUUCGAAAAGGCUGGUAAGCUACUCUACAACGGCAGCUUCGUAUGCGAGCGCCUCGCCAGCCUACCAGAUAAUUGGCUUGCUCAGAACCGGUCCAAUCUCCACCCAGUCAUAGAAGAGAUUUUCUCAGCUGUCGUUGCGAGACAAAGUUCAGCUGUUGAUGCCUACCGCGAUCUUCAAGCUAAAGCUCUUUAUACACGCCAAGCAGAGGAAGUGUUUGAGUACAGUGCGGCAGGAGUCGAAGUGGUCGUCGUACCAACAGCCCCUACUCAUUGGACUGUUGAAGAGGUACUAACUGACCCUAUCGCCAAAAAUAGUGUGUUAGGAGAGUUCACACAUUUUGGAAAUGUGCUUGAUUUGUGUGCUGUGGCUGUCCCUGCGGGAACCUAUCCAGUCCAUGAACUCAGGGGAAACAAUCCCAGGGAUGAGGAUGGCAAUCUGCCAUUUAGCGUAACCUUUCUCGGUGGAUCGAGAAUGGAUGCGGAGACAUUGGCCAUCGCUGAACGAUUUGAUAAGGCGAUGAGGAAUGGGCUUCUAGAUUCUUCGUGA